GAACUUGAAGCUCACCAAUUGUUCCUGAUGAAGGUUUAAGUCAUGCGUAGAAAUGUCGUCAUGGAUGUCCUGCUCGCACUGAUAAAAACUCUUCCCAGCGCCAUUCACACUUCAACACGUUUCAUUCUAAAGCUUCAUUUCAGCAACGGAUCAACAUCAUGAGCCCAUAUCCUGUCGCUUUCUGCGUCGCCCAAGUGGUGGGCCUAACUGGCGCUGCUUGGCUUUCCGGCAGCAUUAUCUCUUUGAGCACAAUCACUGUGCCUGCACUAAUUAAGGCGACGCGCGAAGAUAAUAUGCCCCUUGAUAUUGCCGUCAAAUCAUGGCGAAAUAUUUAUACCAAGGGCAAAUCGCAAUCUCCUCCUGUAGCCGCAGUCACGUCCGCAGCAUUCCUUUAUUGUGGCUGGGCGGUUCGCGCGGGCACAGCACUAGCCCCAUUGACACCGAGCAACGGCUCUCUUAUGUAUUGCACCGCAGCAGUUUUGACGUUAGGUAUCGUGCCCUACACGCUUGGCCUGAUGUCCGAUACAAACAACCAAUUGAUGGACAAAGCCAACUCGAAGUGGGUGGCGGACGAGAAGUCGAGCACGGAAGUCGAGUCGCUGUUGACCCGGUGGCUGAAACUCAAUACCGGUCGGGGGUUGCUGCCGUUGGUAGGAGGUCUUAUUGGGCUCGUUGCGGCGACUCCUCGGCCGUUGGAGCUGCUUUAAUUCUCUAGGAAGCCACAUUAACUUUGUACUGUAGGAUCAACACUGUACUAGAGGAGGUAUUCUCGAGUGCGUCUUGGCGUUGAUUAGAUACUUUGUUGUU